AUUGAAGAAGAUAAGAACAAACGAAUUGGAGUUGAAAAAGGCAAACAAAAUGGAGAUGAAAAAGAUGAAUGUAAUGAAGUUGAAAAGGAUGAACGUAUUGGAACAAUCAUUGCUGAAGAAGAAACUGAAAAAUGGAAGAAGAUCGAAAGACUAAAAUCAUUAGAUUUCAGAAGUCUUGAAGAUGCCUGUAAUGAUUGGAAUAAAAGAGUAGAAAAAUUUAAAGUGAUAAUGAAUGAAACAGUAAAAUUGAAAAAGUUUGACGAAACACACCCGAAAUCAUGUGACCAACAACACGAUGUUACAAAAAGAAAAGCUGUCAUAAAGAUUUCGAAAUUGGCCCUUGAAGAAAUGAUUACUGUAUUGGAAAAUGGACCUAAAACAAAAAAAAGAAUAAUGGCAUUAAAGGUGGAAUGA